CAAGUGCACAGUGCAUUCAAAAACUUACAAAUCUUUGGGUCAUCGAUAGUUUCAGUGGCUCUGGUUGAUUCCCUAGGUUCCUCCAUCACCAAGGAACAAGGCACAUCUCCAAAAGAUGGCCGAGAUGGAACAAACCAUUGAGAAUCACAACAUUCAACUUCCUGCUGGGUUUCGAUUUCACCCAUCCGACGAAGAGCUUAUCGUCCACUACUUGAAAAACAAAGUCACUUCAUCUCCCCUACCGGCAACCAUCAUCACUGAAUUGGACCUAUACAAGUACAAUCCAUGGGAGCUACCACCAAAGGCCUUGUUCGGAGAAGAGGAGUGGUAUUUCUUCACUCCAAGGGAUCGGAAGUACCCGAAUGGAACCAGGCCUAAUAGGGCAGCUGGUUUGGGUUACUGGAAGGCUACAGGGACUGAUAAGCAUAUUUUCAGUUCUUGUGGAACGAAAAGCAUUGGGGUGAAGAAAGCACUUGUAUUUUAUACAGGGCAUCCUCCAAAAGGUGUUAAGACUGAGUGGAUCAUGAACGAGUAUAGAUUGCUUGACACCACGAUUUGGAGUACUACUUCAAAGCAAAAAGGGUCUAUGAGGUUGGAUGAUUGGGUACUAUGCCGGGUUCGCCAAAAAUGCAACAACAGCAGGAACAUCUGGGAAGAUCAAAACACUACUCCUAGUUAUAAACUAUCUGGCCACUUUAGACAAGGGGUGGAUGAACAGGAAGCAAGCCCUAGCAUCGAAAUGGCCAGGAGUUAUCUAUACAAAGACUGUCCAAUGUUACCCUACAUUUUUGCCUCUCAGAAAGUGCUUCCUACCAUCAAAACCACUUCAAGUAUAAGCUUUCAGGACACUACUGAAAAUAGAAAAUCUUGCAGCCCUACUCCUGUUUACCAAGAGGCCGAUUCGAAUAAAAUCAACAAUGAUGGGGAAUUUUUAGUUUCUUCCCUCGACAGUUUGAUCAACCCACUGAAGAGAAAGCCUGAAGGAAAUGAUCAACGUCGGUCUUCGGUUGCACCCAGCAAGAAGAUAUGUAAUAGAGACGAUCAAAAGGAGGAAAUUAGUAAUGGAUCUAUGAUCAAUCCUUGGGGAAUAGAUAACCAGUUUGGAGCUGACAGUUUCAAUGCAGAUCAAUGGAGUUCCAUGAUCCAGUAUCCAGAACUCAGUCAGUUAAUUGGGUUUCCCUGCAACUGAUUAGAAAUGAAAAGUAUAUAUAGAGGCCUAGCUAGCACAUAUUUUAUACAGGUUAUUUUUGCGAGUAGAAUUCCUUUAUUUAUGUAAAUAAAGCCGUUCAAAAAGUCCCGAGGACUCCAUGAUGGUGAUUCAUUAUGUAAUUAGUGUGUAAAGCAAGUUCAUUAAUUUGGUAUGUAUAUGCAUGAAGAAUGGCAUGUAAUUAGCUUGAAGUUUGCGGGUUGUAAUUAGCUAUAUCAUAUCAAGAGUGUGUGUGUGUGUAUUCUUAAUACUAGCAUCUCUUGUAUACGUUCUCAAAAUUAAUAAAUGCUACACAAUUCAAUA